AUGCCUUGCACUUGUCCCUGGAGGAACUGGAGACAGUGGACUCGACCUUCAGCAGUGGUCCUCUACCUGGUGUCCAUAGUGGGGGCGGUUCCCCUGUGUGUCUGCGAAUUACAGAAACUGGAGGUUGGAAUACACACCAAGGCUUGGUUUAUUGCUGGGAUCUUUUUGCUGUUGACUAUACCUAUGUCGCUGUGGGUGAUAUUGCAACACUUACUGCACUAUACACAACCUGAACUACAAAAACCAAUAAUGAGGAUUCUUUGGAUGGUACCCAUUUACCGUUUAGAUAGUUGGAUAGUGUUGAAAUAUCCCAGCAUUGCAAUAUAUGUGGAUACCUGCAGAGAAUGCUAGGAAGCUUAUGUAAUUUACAACUUUAUGGGAUUCCUUACCAAUUAUCUAACGAAUCGGUAUCCAAAUCUGGUAUUAAUCCUUGAAGCCAAAGAUCAGCAGAAACAUUUCCCUCCUUUAUGUUGCUGUCCAUCAUGGGCUAUGGGAGAAGUAUUGCUGUUUAGGUGCAAACUAGGCAUAUUGCAGUACACAGUUGUCAGGCCUUUCACCACCAUUGUUGCUUUAAUCAGUGAGCUGCUUGGUAUAUAUGACGAAGGGAACUUUAGCUUUUCAAAUGCUUGGACUCACUUAGUUAUACUAAACAACAUGUCACAGGUGUGCAUGUAUUGUCUCCUGCUAUUUUAUAAAGUACUAAAGGAAGAACUGAGCCCAAUCCAACCUGUUGGCAAAUUUCUUUGUGUAAAGCUGGUGGUUUUCGUUUCUUUUUGGCAAGCAGUAGUUAUUGCUUUGUUGGUAAAAGUUGGCGUUAUUUCUGAAAAGCAUACGUGGGAAUGGCAAACCAUAGAAGCUGUGGCCACAGGACUCCAGGACUUUAUCAUCUAUAUUGAGAUGUUCCUUGCUGCCAUUGCUCAGCAUUACACAUUCUCAUAUAAACCAUAUGUCCAAGAAGCAGAAGAGGGUUCACGUUUUGAUUCCUUUCUUGCCAUGUGGGAUGUCUCAGAUAUUACAGAUGAUAUUACUGAGCAAGUAAGGCAUGUUGGACAGACAGUCAGGGAACAUCCCAGGAAAAAAAUGUUUCCCGAGGAUCAAGAUCAAAAUGAACAUACAAACUUAUUAUCAUCGUCAUCACAAGAUGCAAUUUCCAUUGCUUCUUCUAUGCCACCUUCACCCAUGGGUCACUACCAAGGGUUUGGACACACUGUGACUCCCCAGACUGCACCUACUACAGCUAAGAUAUCUGAUGAAAUACUUAGUGAUACUACAGGAGAGAAAAAAGAAUCUUCAGAUAAAUCCGUGGAUUCCUGA